AUGUUGGGAUUGAUGAUCCACCAGGCCAAGAGCCACCCGAGUUUAAUUCCAUUGUGUGUCUUCAGUGGCGCUGGAAGUGUUGGAGCGAGCAUGCGGCUUGCUGUCCGUAACUCGAAUGUAAGCUGGAAUCGCAAGAACAACACUGAGUCUUGGAAUAAGAUAGCACACUCUCAGCAGUACAAGUUCUUUACUGUGAACAUGGACGACGGUAAACUGAAGAAGAAUUGA